AUGACUGACGAUUCAGACUCGCCUCAUAGGCGGCUCCUCCGUGCUCAGACUGCUUCGAGUCUACAAUAUCCGACUCUUCCACCCCUGACAGCUUCUGUCGAGGAGUGGUUGUCCCGUUCACGGCCUACCAAUAUGACGUCAGAUCAACUUUCUGAUCAUUCACCAAAUACCCUGAGCGAUAGCUGGGCGACUUUGAGUGUUUCUGAUGUACGCUCAGAGGAUGGCAGCCACUCCGAACAAACCGAUGCAUGCUCCUUGAUCGGCCACACCAGCCCUGACGAUGUUGCAAGCCUUGAUGAACGCUAUAGCGGUAGUGAGGCCGAUGCACAGGAUGAAGACAACCAAGAGGAUGAUCGGAUAGACAGGGGUGAAGGGCAAUACUCCGAAUCGGCUUCCCAGGAGCUACCUGCCCUCUUUGCUGCCACACGAACCACGAUCGACGACAGCAUCACAACUACAAAGCCCUCCUUCCCUCGCACCAGUGAUUCGAUCGAAUUUGUGGAGCCUGAGAAGUGGCCCGAGAUUGAGAGAGUAGAGCUCAAGCAUACUAUCCGCAUCUUUGAGGGUGCUGCAGCCUCAGAAUUGAAGAGCCGGCUGCCCUACAAUUUAGCUAACUCUAUCCUCAUGGCUACGGUUCAACAGACCAUGACAAAGCAGGGCCUCGAUCUGGACAAACCUUUCCGUGUGCUCUAUGUUGGACAACCAGGAUUCCGAAACAUUAUCCUCGACAAGAUCGGUGAUGUUCUAGUAUCAAGCUCAUGUGCCGGCUCAGAGCCUAGCUCGACAGAAUCUUCCCGUUAUCAUGUCGUGCCAACCUCAUUUGGCGCUGGAGCUGUUCCCAACUUCGCGGAACUUCUUCCGAUUCAUGUCCAGCUAGUGGUUGACGAAUGUCUGGAGGCCACAGCCGAUUCUUACUCGGACCGACCUAAUACACUCAACCUGAAGUUCAAGAAUCGACCUAUCUGCACUUCAUCCUGGAACGGGUCUGACUAUCAUGUAACAUCUGCAACAGAUUGGACUCUUCCAGAUGUGGCAAUUAUCUUUGUCUCCGGCCUCGAUGAUACAGCGGCUACCAAGACCCAACGUCUUUCCCACGUGUUCCUGGAACGUCAUGGAGUUCCGGCGAUGGUAAUUUCCGAAGAGCCAAUGUGGAAGAUGGCCGGAGAGAUGAUCCCUCUCAACCACAACAGUCUGCACACAUGUUUGGAGUCCCGCCAUCCAAUUUCCGGGCAGACCGCAGUCCUCCGACGAUAUCCUAUUGAUUUGAAGACUUUCGAGAGCAUCACGCCUGGUCAGUUGAAUCGAAACCUGGCUUCACUUGUCAGCAUUUACCCAAAGAGGGCACAUAAAGUCACUGCCGAUACUCCCAAGCCUCUCAAGAGACACAUAUUUGCGGACCUCGAGAAGUAUCCUGGUAACUGGCUCCCGCCUUCCUAUGCCACUCGGGCCCGAGAGCUGGGCCCCAUACUGCGUCUAGUUACUUUGACUCUCGUUUCGGCCAUUGCCAUCUCUAUUGGGUAUGCGGCGGUCAAAAUUCUGGUCGUCUUCUUAGCACAAUGCUUUGCUGGCUCAGUUAUAUCCACUGCAUCCUUUCCAGUGGCUUCCAAUGUCUCUCCCACGUCUGUGCUGACCCUGAAUCGAGUGAUACAGCCCUCAAUCUCAACACGGCCGUCAGCUUCUGUGCGACUAUUUCAUAUGCCCUCCUCGGGAAAUUCAAUCCCCGAGGGUGCCACAGUGCCAACUAUUUCUACUGCAAAACCAUCAGGGACGAAUGAAUUUGAGAUUCAGGUUGUUGGAGACUGCCAUGUUAUCAUCAAACCCCCACAUAAGUUUGCAUCAUCCAAGAAACGGCCACAAUUCAAUGUGAGCGUUCACAGAGAGGACAAAGCUCUUACGUACGAGCUAUCACAGCUGUUCGAUGGAGUCUACACGCUGAAGUUGAACCGCGAGGAUGCGUAUGGAUUAGUCAACUUGACGAUCACAACGAAGUCAAAACAGCCAAUCAACCAGACCAUGGCUGUUGACUUUGGAACCCCGUGGCUGAAGAUCGCAAACUGGAAGCGUGUAGCACAGGAAAUUUCUUCACAAUUUGCCAAGGAAAUCCAUACGGCUCAGACCGGCCUGACUGGGUUAUAUGGCCGCCUCUCCACGGACUUACAGGUGAUCGUUGGAGAUGUGGUGAAGAGAACCCAUAUAUUGCGCCGGGAUGCCGAGGAGCUACGACGUGAGAGCAUGAAUGCACGCGAUGCGGUUUUAUCACGUUCGAAGCAAAUUUCAGAAAUCUUCACUCGCAAUACUAUCCAACGAUUCCGAAAUGUUUCUUCUGUGCUGCAAAUGCGGUCUAGUCAUGUAAACAAGGAAGCCAAGGGCCUUGUUCAUGAUGCAUGGAGCCGACUCGAAAAGUCAGCGCCGAAGCUUGACCUCCGCAGUAUGAUGGAUCGAGUACGCAACGUUAGGAAAUGUGAUGCGCUGGAUCGGGCUCAGUCGCGUGCACGACAUGUUAUGGGAUUACGGCCUGGCAAAUCUAGGAAUUGCUCAACUCAUGGUUCGAAAUGA